AUGUCGAGUGGUAGUCCUAUUGAUGGCAUAUAUGAAGCUCAUGCGCUUCAUCCAGUUGAUACUAGUAGAGCUAAAGAUGGUGUUUGGCUCGUUAAAGUUCCUAAUUAUUUGGCAGACCUGUGGCUUAAACCCAAUACUGACAGAGUCGUUGGUAAAGUUGUGAUUUCAACUGCUGCCAGUACCUCCGUGGAUAAAGACCAAAAGCAAAAGUCAGAUGUCCGUCUUGUCACAGAUGAUAGUUUGAUAGGGGAAGCUGGAGAAAGUGGCAAACUAAUUCCAAAAGAGCAUCAAUUCUUAAUACAAACGGCAUCAUCGGCCUCUACAGCAGCUAAUAAAAGUCGCCCUGGUUCUUCGCGUGGCUCUUCAGCCAUGGUGGGUCAAGAACUUGUUAUUCUCUGUGAAGAGGAUUGUCAGGUACCAUCGUCUUCAAUUGAAGCGUUGUCGUCUCCCACGCAAGGGGUUCCGCGUUCUCGAGCCGGCAAGCGAUAUUCAUUAUUUGGUCGGGUUAACAGUCGGGCCGAAUGCCAGCCUCCUCCCAACGCAAGUUACAUGAAACUUAAAGCCCAGCAGCUGAAGGCCAAAAAUCGCGCAAGGCACGAAGUUUGUGUUCUUGAUAAACCCGUGCAAACUCACCUACCCGUUGCUAAUCAUGCAGUGAACUUAGAAUAUGAGGCACGGAAGAAGCGUGAAGGGAAGAAUCUCCGUCGUGAACGCGAAGACGUUCUUCGAGACCUGUUCAAGGCUUUUGAAAAACACCAGUACUAUGCAUUUAAAGAUCUUCUUCUCUUGACUAAACAACCAGUUACAUACCUAACGGAAUUACUAAAAGAAAUAGCUGUUUUCAACUCGAGGCCUCCACACCAAAACAUGUGGGAAUUAAAGCCCGAAUAUCGUCAUUACGCGCCUCCAGAUGGAUCCAAGACAUCGGAAUAA